AUGACAAUCCUGAAGCCUAUAUGGAACAUGACCAUGAGAAUACAAGGGUUUAGCAAAGAUGGCACCCAUGGUCAACUUUGGGAGGUUAUCACAGUAAUAAAGUAUUUUCUGAGUCACUUCGUCGAGGGAUGGAAGACGUUCUAUGGGUUCACAAACGAUGAUUCCUCUGAGGAAUCACAAGAGGAAGAGCCAGUCUAUUCACAACCCCAACCUAGGCAGUCACUACGUCCUCACCCACCCCCUGGUUAUCUACAUGAUUCUCAGGGGGACCCCCCUGCAGUUCAGCCAUCACAACAACCUCACUUUAACAAAGCUGCUCUACCCCCUCACACUCACCAAAAAUAUAUCAUCAGUAUCUCUAACUAUAAUGAUAUAGGCCAUAGCACUCAACACUUACUUCAAGCCUCCAUCAACAACGGCUAA